AUGGAAAAGUCUACUUCAUUAAAUGGUAAUAAUGAGAAAAGUAAGGACGAGAUAUUAGCAGCUUUGAAAACUGCUACAACUUCAGUAUUUCUUCGCUCAACUCCAAUGCCAGAAAAUGCUAUGACAGUAAAAGGACCUGAUUUUAAUCAUCAACUAUCUUUACAUGAAUUACUUGAUGGUUAUUCUCGAAUAGGGUUUCAAGCAACUAGUGUCGGAAAAGCUAUUGAACUUAUAAACAAAAUGCGUAAAUGGAGAUUAUCACAUGAACCAAUAUUGCCAGAUGAAAUAGAAGAAUACAAAGAACCAUUAAAAAGAUGUACAACGAAAUGUAAAAUAUUUUUAGGAUAUACAUCAAAUCUUGUAUCAUCAGGAUUACGAGAAAUAAUUAGAUAUUUAGUACAACAUUCAUUGGUUGAUGUUAUAGUAACAACAGCCGGUGGCGUAGAAGAAGAUUUUAUUAAAUGUUUAGGACAAACUUAUUUAGCAGAUUUCCAAUUAAAUGGUUCGGAAUUAAGAAAAAAUGGUAUGAAUAGGAUUGGUAAUUUAGUUGUGCCUAAUGAUAACUAUUGUAAAUUCGAAGACUGGGUUUUACCUAUAUUAGAUAAGUUAUUAGAAGAACAAAGAAGCGAGGUUAGUCUAUAUUGUCCUGCUCUCACUGAUGGUUCAUUGGGUGAUUUGAUUUAUUUUCAUACUUUUAAAAAUCCCGGGUUGGUUAUUGAUAUAGUAUCUGAUAUAAGAUCAAUAAAUCAACAAGCUGUAUUUGCAAAAAAAACUGGUGUCAUAAUUUUAGGUGGAGGAUUAGUUAAACAUCAUAUAUGUAAUGCCAACCUCAUGAGGAACGGAGCUGAUUAUGCAGUUUAUAUAAAUACAGGACAAGAAUUUGAUGGAAGUGAUUCAGGUGCUAGACCUGACGAAGCUGUUAGUUGGGGAAAAAUCAGAACUGACGCCGAACAUGUUAAAGUUUAUGCAGAUGCCACAAUUGUUUUUCCACUUAUUGUCUCCGAAACUUUCGUCAAGGAAGUUCUGGAUCAAUGUAAAAAUUAG